ACGUGAGCGGGCGGAGUGGCGUCACUGCGUUGCUAGGAGACGGGCCGGCGGCAGCGGCCGCAACAGUUGGCCUCUGGCUGACUCAGCUUACAGACCCCGAGUAGAGAACGCGAGCACCGCAGCACCCUCCAGCGAGGCCGGCUGAACCAGGAAAUAAUUGCUAGGAAAGCCUCCGGAGCCAUGGCGAGUUCUGACGUGAAACCGAAAUCAAUAAGUCGCGCCAAGAAAUGGUCAGAAGAAAUAGAAAACCUGUACAGAUUUCAACAAGCAGGAUAUCGGGAUGAGAUUGAAUACAGACAAGUGAAGCAAGUUGCCAUGGUGGACCGUUGGCCAGAGACGGGCUACGUGAAGAAGCUUCAGCGGAGGGACAAUACUUUCUACUACUACGACAAGCAGAGGGAGUGCGAGGACAAGGAAGUCCAUAAAGUGAAAGUGUACGCCUACUGACCUUCUCAUUCCUUUGGCUUGGCAAUCUUAUUUUAAGAAUUCAUUGUUAACUCUUUCCAUCAUGUAAAUGUCAUUUUACAAAACAA